AUGGACACUGCUACUCAAAUAGCAACCGUCGGCGCGCCCGUCAGCGCUGUUCGGCCUUCCUAUGAAGUGCAGGAUCCGCUGACCAUCCCCGGUGACAACAAAUCGGCUAUCCAUGGCGAGGAGGAGGUCGCGACCUUUCACGGUCUUGUUCUACCAACGGAAGAAGAGAAGUCUACGCUUCGACGUGUUGCUGGCGCUAUGCCGGCAACUUGUUAUUAUCUCUGCGCUGUCGAGUUUGCGGAGCGUGCGUCCUAUUAUGGUUGCAACCAAGUAUACAAGAACUUCAUUCGUGCCCCAUUGCCUCCUGAUGGCAACGGUGCGGGUGCAUCUGCGCCUGGUUCUCAAUAUACGGCAGGUGCUCUUGGAAAGGGCUCCGUGGUAGCCACGGCCAUGACCGAAGCGUUCAAAUUUUUGGCGUAUGCUCUUCCCGUUUACUUUGGAUGGCUUGCCGAUACCAAAUAUGGACGCUUCAAGAUGAUCUGCUGGGGCGUUGCCGUCUGCGGACUUGCCCACAUCAUCAUGAUCAUCUCUGCACUCCCGCCCGUCCUCCAGUCAGGAAAUGCUAUUGGGCCCUUUGCACUGUCUCUGUACAUGCUUUCUAUCGGUGCAGCUCAAUUCAAACCAAACAUUUCGCCCACCGUAAUGGAUCAAAGCCCUCACAAGGUGGCGCACGUCAUCACCGACAAGAAUGGCGAGAAAGUCAUUGUUGACCCCGAGGAGUCCAUCAACAGUGUCAUGCUGUGGUUCUACCUUCUCAUCAACAUCGGUGCUUGCUUCGGAAUUCCAACGACAUACCUUGCUAAAAUCGUUGGAUACUGGGCUGCAUACCUUAUUCCUACCAUUCUAUACCUUAUGCUGCCGCCUCUGUUGUGGUAUCUCAACCCACGUCUUAUAAAACAACCGCCCGGGGGCUCUGAUCUUGGCAAUGUUUUUAAGGUCCUCGGUGACAUUUUCGCCCACGGAGGCUUGAAGAGAAUCGGCCGAAAGGGCUUCUGGGACCUCGGCAAGCCAAGCGUGCGAGCUGCUGCUGGCAGUACAAAGGUUUACGCAUAUGAUGAUCAGUUUGUUGAUGAUGUCCGCCGAACCUUCCAAGCCUGUGGAAUAUUCCUGUUUCAGCCCAUCUUCCAGAUCAACGACGGAGGGCUCGGUGCCGCUGCCAAUGCGCUUACUGCUGGUAUGCAGACAAACGGUCUCCCUAACGAUCUACUAGACAAUCUGAACUCUGUCAGCAUCGUCAUUGCUGUUCCUAUCAUGAAUCAUAUUGUUUAUCCGUUUCUUAGACGGCGAGGAAUCAAAUGGGGCGCAAUUGCACGUAUGACCUUUGGCUUCGGCCUCUGCACAGUUGGCUCCCUUGGAUUUUCUGUUCUUCAGUACUAUGUCUACCAAACAUCGCCCUGCGGUUAUGAUGCAACAACAUGCGCCGACAUAGUCCCCGAAGGUGAAAAUUCGUUGUCCAGUGUGUCAUACGCUUAUUACGCCAUCCCUAUUAUCAUCACUGCCGUGGCCGAGAUCUUCGUCAAUGUCACCGCUUAUGGCAUCGCCUACUCUCGCUCACCUAAGAACAUGAAGGGUCUCGUGGCUUCGCUGAAUCUAUUCAUGACCGCGAUUUCUGCUGCCAUUGGUUUGGCUACCGCGCCCGCCAUUCGGGACCCUCUGCUCAUCUGGGCCUUUGCGGGACCAAGUAUCGUCGGUGGUGUUUUCACAGUGAUAUUCUUCUUCACGUUCAGGCACAUUGACAAGGAGGACUUCGUCAUCAAUACCGACUUUAACGAUAUGAAGCGAGACUCGGACCACGAGUCUGACAUUGAAAGGCCACAGGACAAUAAAGUCUUGACGGAGAAGUCUUGA